AUGAGCGCGCCACCACCACCAGGAAACCCACCGGCCAAUGCGCCUGCUCAUCCAAAUGGCGCCUCGAAGAGCAAGAAGGCCAAUCCCCUCAGACCGAUGCGUAAGAAGCCCGCCAAUCCUCUGGUUUCUCGAAGACCACCGCCGAGACCUGCGGUGCCAUCUGGCUCAGGGGCACAGAACGGAGCGAAGCCAAACAUCGAAGAAAUCCGAAGGCAAAAUGGAGGAUGGUCAGAAGUGCCGCCGGCAGUAUAUAGUGAUAUCCCCAUUAUGACAACCAAGAAGGCUCUCCUCGACGGUAUACGUUAUCACAUGAUGAAAUUCACCCAAUCAAAAGUGGGCGACAGAUCCAUAGACCCAACCGAUCAGGAUGAUUUUGCACGUCCUGUAACCUUGCACCGGCGAGACGCUCGCCAGCCUCCCCCAGGAAGAGCUGUUAAAGUGGAAGCACCCGAGGCCCCGCAACCCGACGAGCAAGAGGCAGAAAGGCUGGCACAAGUCAAGGCGGAAAGAGAAGCUCAACGCGCGAUUGACCAGGCAAAGAUUGCACCUGUAGCUAAGGAUCCCAAUCCUAAGCGACCAAAGAAGCAGAAAGAAGAGAAGACCACAUUCAAUAGAGCGCCAAAGACAGACGCUGCCAAGAAGGAAUCGGAUCUUCGAUAUGAGGAGGCUCUUCCAUGGCAUCUUGAAGAUGCAGAGGGCAAGAAUGUAUGGGUCGGCAACUAUGUUUCUGCACUCUCUGAAUCAAAUGUGGCAUUCAUGAUAGACCAGUCAGUCUUUCGUAUGGUACCCCUAGAGAAGUGGUACAGGUUCACUUCGAAGCCCCCAUUCCAACCUUAUACUAUCGAUGAAGCCGAAGCUCUCAUGAACAAGAAAGUAGACGUCGGUCGCUGGGUUAUGAAGGACGAAGAGAAGAGAGCAGGGCGACAGGAUGUGGAAGCCACUCGACGGAUGUUCUACGGAGGCGGUCAGAUGGUCAAGACGGAAAGCGCAACAUUCAAGGCCGCUUCACGAUCUGAGAAAUUGGACCAUGACGAUAUUGAUUUUUCAGGUGAUGAAUUCCAGGAUGACGACGAAGCACCUAUGUUUGAAAGGAACGAUGACGAGGAUACGAAAGACGCCAAAGAACGUAUUCGACGAGAGCAGCUUGGUGCCAACUUAUUCGGUGAAGGAGACGAGGGGGAAGUUGACAAGGAGCUGGACGAACAAUUGCAAGAGGAGAUUAUGCGUCAGAAGCUUGGUAAAACAACCAAGAAAGCGCUGAUCAAGCGAGAUCAGGAGAACAUCUAUGAAAGCGACGACUCUGAAAACAAUCCCUGGAGCAGCGAGUCCGAUGACAAUUCAUCCGAUGAGGAUGAAGACGAGGAGAAUAAGGACGAAGAGAAGAAGGAUGAAGAGAAGAAGGAGACCGGCAAGGACGACAAGGCUCAAAGUGGCUCUGGUUCUAAGGGCACUAAUACCCCGUCGGGAAAGAAGCCUGAGGGGUCUAAGAAGAGCAAAUCACUCAAAAGGGCCGGCUCUCCAGCACUGUCGGAGUCUAGCGGAAACGAGUCUUCCCGGAAAAAGCUUAAGAAGAACGUUACAUCUGCUGCGGAUAGUAGAUCUGGCACUCCCUUACCCCAGGGGGCAGCUGCGCGCCGAGCUAUGGGAGCUGGGUCUGGCAGCGACGGCGAGGCUACUGCCGGCGAAAUGUCAGAUGGUGCCGCAUCUAAGAGGAAGAAGUUGAAGCUGGUCAGCCACAGUGCUCGGGGGACUCCCUCGGCCUCUCGAGCUGGCAGCCCCAAUCCACCAGGUGCAACUUCUCCUGGAUCUCCUGGAGGAUCGAUUGUCGAACCAGCCGAGAUUCUGGAAAAGAUUCCAGACGAGGGCAUCACUAUCGGUGAGCUCAUUAAGCUUUUCAACCAUCGCUUGGGUGACCGGCCCGGCCAAAUGCCUAAGACGGAAUGGAUUCAGCUGGUCAAGAAGAUCUGUGCAUAUGGGCCCGAUAAGAGGCUACGUCGUAAAUCAUAG